AUGGUCAUGGCACUUUGCGGCCCGUGCGGUCGCGUGCACGACACAGAUGACGUUUGCAACUCAUCGUGUGGGUGCUGCGACUUCAUCGCCCGCGCCUGGUCCUCUCUCGGCAGCCUCUUCACACCGCGUUCGUCCCGGCGACCAAAGAUGAGGCUGUUCCGCCGUCGCCACCAAGACCGCGACCGCGAACUGGAUAGCAGCGACGAAAAGGGCCAGGCCCACCAGCGAGGACCCUACGGCAGCACGUCGAGCGACCCGCGUUCGACCAACACGUCCUCCAAGCACGACGGUUCCGUCAGUCCACACGAGCUGUGCGAGUCGCCGCUCGAAGACGACUUCAACCCGGAACACGGCGCCUCAACAGAUAACCUCACCAUGGCGACGUACCUGUCCAUGGGGCCUACAUGGGCAGAACGCUGUUUGCGCCGCAGCAACACAAUGUAG